CAUUGCAGUAGUGUUCCGCUCUCCAUACUAAAUAGGAAACUGGACGUGAUGUGGAAUUAGAGCCUACCCAGCUGAAGCCACCCAACACUUACUACAAAUAUAGCCGCGAUGCGUAGGCCACAAAAUGGCUCCACUCACUUUUCCCAAUGAAAAGCAAAUGGAAUUAAAUUUUCCAGCCGGACGUGGGAGAAACGCCGCCGCCGUCGCCGCUUCGUGCGAGCCCAUCGGGAGAAAAACAACCCCGUGUCCGGCCCCGUCUGUGAUUUCCUCCCGGGAAGACCGGGUUUGCAAUGUGUCCAAAAAUCCGCCCAAUUCGCCCCAAAUAUAGGGCGCUUUUUUUCAUGCCUUUUUUUUUUUCUCUGUUUAUUUUUGUUUUUCCACGCCAGGCCAUGGCCGUCGCUCGUUGUGGCCCCGUGUGCGAGGCGGCGGCUCCCGGCGGCGGCGGGGGGGGACCCGGGGGUGGCCGCUGUCCCCUGUCACAGGGGCCUCCCCGGGGUGCUGUCCCCUCCUUCCAUCUCCCCUGCACCUUUCUCCCUCCACUGAUCUCCGGCAAUCCGAACCCACGAGAUCCACCCUCUCCUUUUUUUUUUUCUCCCCCCCUUCUCUUCCUCCCAGGAUUUAGCAGUUUUAUCCCGUUGCGGGUGUCCUUCCUCUCUGUAAAGUCGUAAGUACCUUGAGGUGGGAGGAGUAAAUUCAGCCUGACACUGAGAGCGCUUUUGUUGAAACAGGAGAGACUUGCGGUGUCCCUACUUAAAUAUGACACAUGACGAUGGACAGGCCGCCCGCCCCGCCGCCCCCCAGUGACCCCCGCGAUGCCCGCCCCGCCCGGCGGCACGACUCGGAAGCGGAGACCACGAGCGAGCCGGAGAGCAGCCGCGGGGGCAUGGAGGCGCCGGCGGACCCCCAGCUGCUGCUCAACGGGGCGGCCAAGGAGGCGGGCCGGCCCUCCCCCGGGCCCCCCGCCGCCCCUGUGCCCGUCAUCGAGCUGGUGCGCCGGGGGGGCUCCCUGGACAUAAAAAGCCGUGAGGCGGCGGGGGAGGCGAUGCAGAGAGCGCCGGGAGCCGAGCCGUGCCGCGCCGCCGAGGCCGCCUGCGAGGCCCGCAUGGUGCAGCUGAGCCCCCCCGCGCUCCCGCUGCAGCCCCCCGGCAGGGCCAUGCUCUACAACCUGGGCCAGCCGCUGGCCACCAUCAACAGCGGGUUUUUCGGAGAACCGGACUCCUUCUCCAUGUACGGCAGCAACCGGGUGAAGCGGAGACCCUCUCCGUACGAGAUGGAGAUCACCGACGGUCCUCACACGAAGGUGGUUCGCCGCAUUUUUACCAACAGCAGGGAGAGAUGGAGGCAGCAGAACGUCAACGGGGCCUUCGCAGAGCUGCGCAAGCUCAUCCCCACCCACCCGCCCGACAAAAAACUCAGCAAGAACGAGAUCCUGCGCCUGGCUAUGAAAUACAUCAACUUCCUGGCCAAGCUGCUCAACGACCAGGAGGAAGAAGGAAACCAAAGGGGCAAGGUGAACAAAGACUCGGGGAUAGUCCAGGAAGACCUCCUGCAGGACAUGUUGUCUCCCAACUCCAGCUGUGGAAGCUCUUUGGACGGGGCGGCGAGCCCGGACAGCUUCACGGAAGAGCACGAGGCGCUGGAUUCGAAGCACACGCGGAGCCUGCACCACGCCAUCCUCCCCGUAGAAGGCAACGCGCAGCGGUGAUGACCCCCACGCUGCUCCCAAAGAGCCACGGGGGAGAGGCCAGGCCUGGCUGUGCAGCUGCUGGAACUUGUGCCUGUGGGAUUUGUGACUCUGCCUUUCCCUGGGAGCUGGGUCUGCCCAGCCCGGCACGCCGGCUGAGGACCAGACCGACCCAGAUGAACGUUCGGGGUUUAGGUACGUGACCGUACGAAGAAGAAAAGCGUUGAAGUCAUCUUCGUUGUACAGAACUGCUCGGUAUGGGACUCUGAGGAGGGGAAGGAGACAUGGCUGGCGCCUCCCCAGCGUUUAGAGGCUUUCCAGACCACUUGGUGACCGUCUCUUUUCAAACAGUCAUCUGGGUAGAGACGUGGAACUCCUCUUCCACUGCCCGCGGAGGCUGCCGGCGCUUUCCAGCUCCACGUGGUGCUGGAAACUGCUGCAUCACGCCAGUGCUGCAGCACUUCUCUAGCCUGUGGCACAUCCAGCUGGUCUGAGCAGGAGCUUAGCCACAUAUUCCUGUUGUCCGAGAGCUUUUGACUGUAUCUUUUUAAAGAGGUGAAAAAUACCCUCAGCAAAAGAACUAUUAAAAGGAUUUAGACUAUUUCUUUUUCUCUCCUUUAUUUUUUCCUUUCUUUCUUUUUUUUUUUCCCCCUUCCCUUUCUUUCUUUCUCUUCUAUUUGAUUUUGGAUUGUUUGGGCUUGUUGUAUUUAUGAUGUGGGAUUACUUCCGUUUAACACUGUCAUGCAGUAUCCACUGAAUGAAAAGGUACAUAGGUAUUUUCUGCCACCCUCCCAGUCCCUGAUCCUUCUGCUGGUUACACUCAGCAGGUGAAUUUCAAGCCUGCUGUGGUCUCCUAGAGUUUUUCCAGUGGGGCCAGAGCUUCUCUUGGGAAAAAUGAAUUUCAGAGUUGGUAAAGGAAGAAAAUAUUUGCUAGUGAAGUAUCUCUUUGGACUGGGGGAUUUUUAAAUACAAAAAAGAAAAAAAAAAAAAGGGCAAAAGGAGUCAAUGAUGUAUCAACAGUGUGCGUGUACAUAGAGUUAUAAAAAGGUUUUUUGAUGGUA